CCGGUUCCGCCGAGAAAAGGCCGGAUCGCUUCGGUCCCUUCUCUAGCCCGCCCAUUUGUCUAACGUUUCUGCGGCUUACGGGGUCGGUUGGACGGGAAGUUACCAAUAAAGUUUUACUGUUUGAAAGCCGGCCUGGCUGGGCCGUGCCCAUUAUCCGUUCCCUUGUUUGUUUGUCCGCAGUCCCUCUCGGCUACAGGGAACAAGCUUCAGGGCGUCAUGGCCAGGGGCCACCGCGGCCGGGCGGAGCUGAGGCCGCCUUUCGCUGCCCACGCGCUCCCUUGGCUCCCGGGUCCACCGGCGUCCGCCUCGGUCUGAGCGCAGCCCCCUCCGCGCCCAAGGGCCGCCUCGCGCCGGACCCCAUGGCCUCCGGGGCGCCGCCGCCUUCGUUGUCUCCGUCGCCGCCACCCUCCCCCGAGCCUGAGCUGGCCCAGCUGAGGCGCAAGGUGGAGACGUUGGAACGCGAGCUGCGGAGCUGCAAGCGACAAGUGCGGGAGAUCGAGAAGCUGCUGCACCACACGGAGCGGCUGUACCAGAGCGCCGAGAGCAACAACCAGGAGCUCCGCACCCAGGUAGAAGAGCUCAGUAAAAUACUCCAUUGUGGGAGAAGUGAAGAUAAUAAAAAGUCUGAUGUAGAAGUACAAACAGAGAGCCAUCCUCCUUGGUCAAUCUCAGAUUAUUACUAUCAGACAUACUAUAAUGAAGUUAAUCUUUCAAAUAAAGCAUCUGAACUCUCAGUUCAGGAAGAUAAGGAUAUCGAAGCUUCUACUUUUAAUUCUAAAGACCAGUCUCACAUACAAAAUGAUACUUAUGCUGGUACUGAUGUAACAGAAAAUGUUAAUUUUGGACAAGAGGACCAUUUUGCCUCGAAUUCACAGGAGCCAGCAUCUGCGUUAGCAACAGAGAAUACAUCCUUAGAAGGUUCAUCACUAGCUGAAAGUUUGAGAGCUGCAGCAGAAGCUGCUGUAUCACAGACUGGCUUUAGCUAUGAUGAGAACACUGGAUUGUAUUUUGAUCACAGUACUGGAUUCUAUUAUGAUUCCGAAAACCAGCUGUAUUAUGAUCCCUCCACUGGAAUUUAUUACUACUGUGACGUGGAAAGUGGUCGAUACCAGUUUCAUUCUCGAGUGGAUUUGCAGCCUUAUCAGACUUCUGGCACAAAACAAAGUAAAGAUAAAAAAUUGAAGAAAAAAAGAAAGGAUCCAGAUUCUUCUACGACAAAUGAAGAAAAGAAUUUGAAUUCAGAAGAUCAGAAAACAUCCAAUAUUGAACAUAUAAGCUGCAGCGAGGGAGAAGAUUUUGCAAAUGUGAAAAAGAAGGCCAAAAUAGACAUCCAUUACAAAAAUAGUCCCCCCAAAUAUACUGUUCCAGUGAGUGCAAAGACUGUAGAAUCUCCUCUUAGUGAAAACGUUUAUAAUUCGGCUUCAUUUAAAGAUGAGAAAAUCGUAGACACUGAUAGUGAGCCUGAAGAAGGUGAAAUUACAGACUCUCAGACCGAGGACAGCUACGAUGAAGACACUACCAGUGAAGACAACGCAACUGCAGAAGAUACUGAGGAUGAAGAUGAAGAAAAAAUCUGGCCUCCGUGUAUUAGAGUAAUUGUAAUUAGAUCACCUGUGUUGCAGACAGGAUCACUUUUUAUCAUUACAGCUGUAAAUCCUGCUACAAUUGGAAGAGAAAAAGAUAUGGAGCAUACUCUCCGAAUCCCUGAAGUUGGUGUCAGUAAGUUUCAUGCAGAAAUUUAUUUUGACCAUGACUUACAAAGUUAUGUCCUUGUGGAUCAAGGCAGUCAGAAUGGUACAGUUGUUAAUGGAAAACAGAUUCUUCAGCCCAAAACUAAAUGUGACCCUUAUGUACUUGAGCAUGGGGAUGAAGUGAAAAUUGGAGAGACUGUGUUGUCGUUUCAUAUUCACCCUGGCAGCGAUACCUGUGAUGGCUGUGAACCAGGGCAGGUUAGAGCUCACCUUCGUCUUGAUAAGAAAGAUGAACUUUUUGUUGGUCCAACACUAAGUAAGGAGGAAAAAGAGUUGGAAAGGAGGAAAGAAUUAAAGAAAAUACGAGUAAAAUAUGGUUUGCAGAAUACAGACUAUGAAGAUGAAAAGGCAUUGAAGAAUCCAAAAUAUAAAGAUAGAGCUGGAAAACGUAGGGAGCAGAUUGGAAGUGAAGGAACUUUCCAAAGAGAUGAUGCUCCUGCAUCUGUUCAUUCUGAAAUUACUGAUAGCAAUAAAGGUCGGAAGAUGUUGGAGAAGAUGGGAUGGAAGAAAGGAGAGGGCCUAGGGAAGGACGGUGGAGGCAUGAAAACUCCGAUCCAGCUUCAGCUUCGGCGAACACAUGCAGGCUUGGGGACAGGCAAGCCGUCUUCAAUUGAAGAUGUUCACCUUCUCCAAAACAAGAGCAAAAAGAACUGGGAGAAAGCACGAGAGAGGUUUGCUGAAAAUUUCCUGGAAACUAAAUCUCAAAAAGAUGGACCAGGGACUGUGCCUUGGGUCAAAGGGACUGUAGAGUGAAGGUCAGUCAUAGAACACAAUUAACCUUUUUUAUAGAGUUUGGAAACUCUUGUAUAAUUGCAGAAAUCUCCCCUCAAAAAGAGUCAGUGACAUGAGGGAACUGUGUCAGUUUACCCCCUCAUGAUUCAAAAAUUUGUAAUAAAGUGUGGUUUGCAGAGCUUUUAAAAAACUAAUAAAUAGUGACUGAAUCAAGUCAUGCUGUGAGUGGACUAAAGUUCACGGGGCAUGGAUGGGCUUAUCAAACUUUGCUAGUUUACUUUGUCAUUUGCAAGACCCAUAUAAACAACUAGCCAUAUAAGCAAAAUUCAUGAAACCACUAACUUAAAUGUACAUUUGUCUUUGUCUCCUUAUAUUCAUUAUUGUAAGAUGCAUAACAGAAGAAACAUGAAAAGUUUAUAGAAACAACCUGACUGUAUGCAUCCUUGUUUAUACCCUUUAGGACCUAGAUAGAAAAUGUUGAAAAACAUAGGUAGUGGUGUAUACAUUAUAUUUGAAAUAACUCAAGACAUAUUAUUGAAGAACUAAUGAGCAGGUGACAUGUAGAAAAUCAGUCUUCCAUUGUUUUCUUCUGUGAAGAAUCUGUGGAUUUGUAUUAUAUAUUAAGCAUUUACAUUUGGUUUGUUUCAUAGCUAAAAUAUGAACAAUUGAGUACAGUAUUGAAAUAUUCAAUGUGCUGGCGUUUGUAGUUUUGAUAAAUCCCAUUGCUGGCAAUGGAGUCAUGCCAGAAAACUUUGAUUUCUAUUGCAAAAGGAUUAGAGACUUCCCUGGUGGCUCAGACGGUAAAGCGUCUGCCUACAAUGCGAGAGACCAAGAUCCUCUGGAGGAGGAAAUGGCACCCCACUCCAGUACUCUUACCUGGAAAAUCCCGUGGAUGGAAGAGCCUGGUAGGCUACAGUCCAUGAGGUUGCAACGAGUUGGACACGAAUGAGCGACUUCACCUUGCUUCCUUACCUAGCCAAGGCUCCAAACUCAAGAUAUUUAUUGAAAAUAUCUUCAGAUGCAAUAAAAACAUUGUAACAUCAAAAAAAAUAAUUCAUUGAACCAAUAAUUUAAACAUUCUGGUCUGCUUUGAACUCAAGAGCAGGCAGAAUUUCCCUCUGUAGACUGACAGCGCAGUAAUGAAACCAGCCAGAAUCUCCCUCCGAGAACUGACGGCACAGUGAUGAGAGGAGACUAGCUCAGGUCUGGGGAGGCUGCAGCGCAGCUGUCUGAGCGCAGGUGUCACUGCGCUGCCGGUUACCGCUGUUUCUUCCCUUUGUGGUCGAUUUUUCUGCCAGCUUUUUGCUGGGAAAUCAAUGCUGAGACUGAUCUUUUAUCACAGUGAAUAUAAACUAUAGCUCUGUCAUCUACUAUAAUGAAAUGUCUUCAAGAUACAGAAAUAGGAAAGGAAAAUUCUGGGGGAAAAAAAUAUGCAAUAGGGAAGAUAGUUCAGAAAGAAAAGCUACCUGUUAGAAUUUCUAAUCUUAAUGGUAGAGGGUACUUAAGAAGGAGGAGUGUGGAAAGAAAAUGUAUUACUAUAGAUGAGACAUAUGACCAAGUUUGUCAAGUCAUUGCAGAUGGGAAAAUCAGAGGUCCUAUAACUCUAAAGAUGGAUUAAGUAUUUUUCUGUAUCCUUCCUGUCCACUUACAUACCCUAACACACACAAACACACAUGGCCACAUACAUACCCUAACACACACACACCACUUCCUGGCCACUUACAUACCCUAACACAUACACACAACUCGUAAGACUUGGAGGCAAUAGGAAUGUCCUGGAUUAUUUUCUCUAAAGUAGAAAAAUUACUCGUGUAAACAUGGUUCUGAUACUGGUGCCCUGUAUACAGGUAACAACAUAGGACCUUCAGAGUGAACUUGCUUCUGAUAGAUCUCACUCACUGGGUUAGUAUACAACUGUAUAUAUAAUAUUUCCCACUUUUAUUAUUAGAUUGUGGAAAACUUUUUCAUUGUUUUCCUUUGUUAAGAAAAUGGAAACUUGAAAAUGGUGAUAAAAAUUGAUACAUAUAUGGUAUUUGCAUUAUUAAAACCCUUGGCAGAUCUAAAGUCUCAGGGCUAUACUGUAUACUGGUUAAAGCACUGAAUAAUGUCUGGUUCUAUUUCUACUUGUGAAAUGAGAAUAAUAUUUAACUCACAUGUUUGUCUCGAAUAAAAAAUAAGAAAAUGUAUAUAAAAGCACUUUGUAAACUAUGAAAGUAGUACUAAUGUGAGCUUCUGUUUGUUCAGAAGCAUAAAUGUGGAUUAUGUACAAUUUGAAUUAUGCAUAAAAUUGUUUUGUGUCUAAUAUUUAAAAUUAUAGUUUAUUUACACAGUUUAUUACUAAAUUACAUUUAGUAAUUUAAUAGCCUUUAAGUGUUUGUUUAAAGUGAAGCUGUGAGUUGCAGAAUUUUGAGAUUUCUAACAUAUUUUGCCAGAACAUGAGAAGUUGGCAAAAUUGAGAACAGAAGAUACCGUCACCAUUAUAGUAAAAUAACAGAAAUUGUCUUCUAAAUUAAAUAGCUAAGAAGCACUUUUUCUCAGAAAGGGAGGGGUUUUAUUUUUCUUCUGUUUUUAAAGGCUUUUACUUCUGUUUAAUUUAUUCUGGUUGUGAACUUACGAAGUUAUGGUUCACCCAGUUAAAAUGCCUCCCAGCUUUUCAUGUAAAAGAUUAUUUCUUAAUUUGGCACAUUUUCAAAGAGCAGCCAAAAGAAGACAUAAAUUUCCACCGAGGAGAAGAGGUGUCAGAGACUGUGUACAGAGGCCGUCCUGUUGAGUCGCAGGGCAGAGGGCUGUGCUGGGCAGGGAGCUGGAAACGCGUUUCUGGCCCCAGCACCUGAAGGUUCUCAGGGACUGUUGAAAGUGUCGUCCCCAUUGUGUUCUAAGUGUGCUUCUUAUUUUUUUAGGGCUUCACUUACGUCUCUGCCGUGAAUCUUUAAAACAUUUCAUUUUACUUUUUUCAGGCUUUAAGGUGGAAAUACAUUUGCAUUCUUUAAAAUGA